GUGCUUUUGUAGAAUGUUGGGGUCCCGCCCUUAUAAGCCAGGGUCAGGGCAGUCCCUUUUUUUUGUGUGGCUGGUGUUUUGUUUUGGUCCCCUCCUUUCUCAGAAGGGGCUGUAAGGGAAACUGAGCUCUGAGAGCCGUGGGAGCCCUCUUGUAGCUCCUGUACUUGGACGAGAAGGCCCGGACCUCGAGCAACCUUCCUUCUCCUCCCGUGGCCGCGGCAUCAAGGAGUUGGGGCGGUGCCUACCGGAGGGCCUCGACCCGGUGGGGGUAACGCUGGGCCCCGGGCAGUCCGUGAACGGGCCACAGCCGUAUGACUUCUUAAGGGCUUCAUGCCAGCGCCUGUGCAGGCCGUCAUUCUCCGAGUUUGAUUUGUAAUUUCUGGAAUUUCAUUAGAACGAUUUGAAGAAGGAAAAGGGGGUAUUAUGGCUUUGGUACUUGGCUCAAGGUGGAAAUACAAGCAGACAAGGGGAGGUAAUGAAUACAAAGUGACCUGUGGAAAUGGGAGGAAUCUCUCAGUUUGACAGACUUUUCCCGCAACUUAGUCACAUACGAGAUAAGUUAACCAAAUAUCAAAAUAAGAGCACUUUAGUUGUAUUGAUUAUAGUAAAGAUACCUUGGAAUGUGUAAAGUAUUGAGUAAAAAUUCUUUGUACCAAGGUUCUGAAUUUAAGAUUCUUAGUACAAGGAAACAGAACAAUCUUACCUGUCAUUGCAAGGAUCCCAAUCACUUUACCACUGUGAGACCAAAAAUUGAAGUUGUGUAUAGAUGUGGGAUUUUGGGGGGGCGAGGGAGGAUAUAGUUAUCAGUAAGGAGUAAGGCAGAAGUGUGGGGAAUCUCUUGUUUUCUGCACGAAAAGUAUGAAAUUAGGGGAAAAAAUGUUUUUAUUCUGCCCGUGUCCUUCCAUCUCAGCCAGCAUAAGGACAUUCUUGUUUUGGACUGAUGGUAUUUGUUCAGUAUUUGCAAUAAUCAGGGAAAGGGAUCAUUGCUAUGAGACACUUCUCUUUAAUGAAACCAAGGAAGAAUGAAUAUACCUUAUAUGGGAUUAACCCUGGGAUUUGGUUUUCAGUUAAAAUGAGGCAAAAGGGAAUGUUAACCAAGACCUUACAAGGCCCAGCUGUUGUGUGUACAACUCCAAGCAGCCACAUUUAUGUGUUCAAGAAUGGCAGUGGGGAUUCUGGGGACUCCUCUGAGGAAGAGUCUCAACAUGUUGUUCUACGGCCACGGGGCAAGGAACGCCAGAAGAACAGUGUUCACCACCCUCACAAGCCUGGAGCAGGUGACAUGGUGCUGCUCCAACGGGAGCUGGCCCAGGAGGACAACCUCAACAAGCUGGCUCUUCAGUAUGGCUGCAAAGUCGCAGAUAUCAAGAAAGUCAACAACUUCAUCAGAGAACAAGAUUUAUAUGCUUUGAAAUCUAUUAAGAUUCCAGUGAAAAACCAUGGGAUCCUAACAGAGACCCACAAAGAACUGAAACCUCUUCCAGAACCAUCCACAGAGACCACAGUGACCUUUGUGGAAUUACCAGAUGUAGACAGAGCUACCACAGCCGCUGAUGCCCAGGCCAGCCAACUGACAGAUUUCUUUAAAGGGAUUGAUCAGAAUAUUGAGCGUGCAGCGCAGUCAGAGAUCUUCCUAAGUGAGAGCUACUGCAUAGAGACCUCUGAUCAGCCACUGCUCCCAGCUCCUCCGAAGACACUGACAGAUGGAGCAGACUGUGGGAUUCAGUGGUGGAAUGCUGUUUUCAUCAUGCUUCUAAUUGGGAUUGUGUUGCCAGUGUUUUAUUUGGUCUAUUUUAAAAUACAGGCUCCUGAGGACAUCCCUAAUAACCUGAACACAACUGCUGUUCAUAAUGGCUCGAUGGCAUUGAGUGUGGUUCCAGGUUAAGCCCCAGAUUUUCAAAUUCCGAAGGCCACCAUCAACUCUUCAGCCAGCCAGUCCAGUCAGAACACUCAGGCAAAGAAGUAGGCUGUUGUUUAUGGAUAAUCAGCCCAGCUUUAGCAGUUGGACUUGAUGUAUCAGCUGUCACUGGCCAUAUUCUAAAGGUGCUACGUUUUGGUUCCUGGGAUAUAUGGAUGCAUUUCAGAAGUCACCACAGUAUUCUCUAUUGCACUGAUCCUGAGCAAUGGCCUCAUCUAACCUAAGGCUGCAGGAUCCCAAAUACCACCACCCUCAGCCUCCAUAUCCAGAGAGGUGUGUAAGAGAGACGUUUACAUGUGACUGAUGGCCACUUCUUGAAGGCAUUUAGUGGACUGACUGUGUGUGCUUUCACAGUAGUUCUGCAUGGGUCUGUGCAUGGAUAUGCUCAGAGGGGCAGGAAUGGCCUGGCCAAGGGACCCAUUCAGUGCAUGCCCCACAAUUGGUUUGGGUUGCCUUACUAUUGUGUUCCCACCUGCUAUGAAGGGGGGAGUAGGCCUGGCUCUAAGUUCCAUGUUUCCCUGGCGAAGGGGCUAUGGAAUAGUAUCCACAUGUCACCCUGUGUUAGAGUGAUAAUGAAUAAUUAUAACAAGC